UACGUAUUUCUAGGUAAGUUUUCAUUACCAAUGGUGACCGAAAUUCAUCAGCCAAUCAGAAUAAAAUUAUCUUGAUGCGUCUGUAUGUUCUGGUGUAUUGAAUGCUAUGUUAUGGAUUGAAUAUUUAUGGAUUAUUCACUAUUUCUAUGUUAAUUUAUAUAAAAAGCGCAAAGAAAAAAUAUUUUUAAUUAAAUAUAUUAUUAUAACAACUUGGAUAAUUACUUAAUAGAUUUAACAUAUUGGUUAAUAAAAUGAAGUUGAAUUUAUGAUAAUAGUAAGCAAAAGCAAUCAUUGUAAUACAAUGGCAGACACACAAAUAAAUGAACAAUUUAAUCCAAAUUCAAAUGAAUAUUACUAUGUAACCAAAACAGAAUGUGAUGUUGAAGAAACGAUAGCGGAGGUGGUUGGAGAAAUAGAUCAUAUGGGUUCAAAUGAAUUUGAAAAUCCAAAUAUUCAUACAGAAACAGUUUAUUACGAUGAAGCCAUAAAAGCUAAUGAAGAUUCAAUAGAUGAUUUUGAUCCAGAUAUUAAUUCAGUGUUGAAAAAAAAAGUGAAACAUGAAUGGGACCCAGUUCUGGAUGAUAUGGAAGAUAGGAUAGAGGAGGAAAAUACUGAAGAAAGAUUUUUAACUGAGGAGGAAGAAAAUAGAGAUGAGGAUGAAGAAACAAUAGCAACAUUUGUAACUUCCACAGGUCAACAAUUAGCUCUCUAUGCUGUUGAAGAUUCUGAUGAAGUAUUUGCUGUAGCAGAGUAUGAUGACUCGGGUGAGCCUCCGACAAAUUUUCAAUUUUUAAUGAAAUCGGAUGUCGAAAAAUUAAUUGGAGAAGGUGCAGUUCGAACUGUACGUAAGCCAUCACAAAUGAAAAAGCAAACAUAUCGAGGCCAUCAUCAAGAGAAAGAAGAAUUUUUCCAAGAAGAUUACAUUGAAAACAAUGAUACAUAUUCAAUAAAAACCGAAUUAAUACCUGUAGAAGAAGAAAUCCAAGAAUAUGAACAUGAAGAAAAAACCGAAAUAGAUGAUGUCGAAAAUGAUUUAUCAUAUCAAGAGCUAGUAGAUACAUCUUACGUGAUAGAAGAAAAUCUUCCAGAAUAUAUUACAAGUAUUGAGGAUUUUGAACCUCAGGAAGAAGUAGUACAAGAAUCGACAGUUCAAAAUAUCUUUCAUGAUGAUGAUGAUCAAUCUGAUUCAGAAUUGACGUUUGAUGACAUUGAAAAAUCUCUAGCUACUUUCGGGAAAAAUAAUGUGAACUCACGAUCGUUAUUAAAAAAAUCGUACGAGCCUAUAACUAAAUCUCCUGAACGACCAAGUAUAAACGGUGCAGUGAUAAUACCAGAAAAUUUUGGAGUAAGAACUGCUUUGAUUUCAAAAGCAAUUAUUGAAAAGCCUAGCCGUAGAGUUUUUAAUAGUUCAGGUAUGUUAAAAUCAAAACAUAUGCCAAGAGCGCUUCUAGGACGUAAGGGAAAAUUAAGUGAACAAUCUCGACAAACUAUUUUCAUUCACGGCUCAACUGCUUUAAUUUGCUGUCCUAUUGAAAAAAUCGAGCCAGAGUUGAAAAUAGUUAAAGGCUCAACUGAUUCUGGAUCUAAAAUAAAAAGGCCGAGGAAACAGCAAUUAACAGCUGUAGAUCGCGCAGAUUCAGAAAUCAUUAUUCAACCAGCGUCUUUAGUUGAAGAACAAGAAGAAGAACCCGUUCCUAGAAAAAGAGGAAGACGGAAGAAAAAACGGACUGAUUUUGCUUUGAAAAGUUAUACAAAGCAACAUCUGACGAGAUCUAAACGAUCGAGAAUCGAAGUUAUAGAUAUUGAUAUCGACGAGGAACAAGAUCGAGAUAUUGAAGAAAUUACUAUUGAUGAUAGUAAAGAAAAAGAAUCAAGUGAUAAAGAAAAUGAAGUAAUAAUGGUAGACUCUGAUGAUGAAGACUCACAGGAAGAGAAACAAAACUCUUUAAUCUUAAAAUGUGAACAUUGUUCUAGGAGUUUUAGACAAAAACGAGCAUUAGAUACACAUUCACGAGUAUGUCCUAAGUCACCAACUAGAAGACGUAGAAUUGAAAAAGGCAAUCGAUCGAGGUCUAAUGAUUCGAGUACGAAUAAGAAGCAAUAUGUUUGUAAAAUAUGUUCAGAAACGUUUGACGUUGUUGUUGCUCUUGCAAGACAUGCUCGAUCGCAUAAAAAAAAGUCAACAGCUGAAACUGAAAGAAUUAAAGAACAAAAUCGAAAAGAGGAAAAUGAAAUGAAUGAAAAAAUUAUUGAAAGAAAAAAGCGUAUCUCAAGUAUUUUGAGAAAAAAGAAAAAAUUGCAACUAAGAAAGUUGUGGAAAGUAAAAAAAAUGUGCUGUACUGAGUGUGGUAAAUGGUUUGCUAGUUCUGCGAUGCUUUCUGCUCAUUGUCUUCGACAUUCAACUAAAAGAUCAGAACAACAGAUAAAACGAUGUCAAUUGUGUAGAAAGCUAUUUAGAUCAAAUUUAAUGUUCAUGCGUCACAUGAAAAUGCAUGAACGAAAAUAUAAACUGCAGAAACAGCUAAGGAGUUUAAGACAAUCAACAAAUAUAAUCACAAAUAUACGAAAACGAGGGAGACCAAGAAAGUUGUGAUUUGCUCGAUGUAAUGUAAUAUUUACUGUUACUCAAAUUAUUUCUGUAAAAAAAAAACGGCAAAGACAAAACUAAUACGAUUAAAAUAUAAUAGAUUGGUGAAUAGAUAAAAACAUGUUAUUAAAAAUGGAACAAAAAUUCAGAAAGUCAUGAUUAUUAAUUGUUUUGAUGACACAAAUUUGCAACAAUUGAAACUUUUUAAUUUUUUCUAAGUAAAAAUGAGCCUUCAACACAAUAUAAGUCAUGAGAACUUAUAAAAAAUUGCACAUCUAAUCAUUAAUUUAUUUGUCAGUUUAAUUCAGAAUUCAAUAAUAUUUUUAAAAUAUUUCUGAUAUUUUAAAAAAUAAUAUUUUACUCUUAUAACAUUAUUCACUUAGCACAUGAUCAAACUCACAUAGAGUUUAAUGAAUUUCAAUGAUAAAAAUAGGUAGGGUUAAAUAUUAAUGAUGAUUUAGUUUAUUUAAGUCACAAAUGAAAAAAUUCUUAUCAAUAUUAUAGAUUUUUCUUGAUUAUUCAUAAUUAAUCAUUGUUUAUUCAAGACUAAUUAUGAAUUUUUAUUGAUAAUGUACUAAGUCUCCUAAUGCAAUGAUUUUGUAAAUAGAUUCUUUAUCCUAGAUAAAAAAUACAUAAUAAUUAAUAAAUAAAGAAUAUUUGAAAAAUAGUUCCUUAACAAAUUGUAUAACAUUAUUUAUUUAUCUAUAAUAUUAUCUAAAUUAGUUCGCAGAAAUUAAGUUCCGGUCUAGGUGGCGACACUAAUUUUAUACAAAGCCGAGUAAACUCCAGUUAGUAUGUAAACAAAUGAUUGUUAUUUAAAUAAAAACAUCUUUGUUCUGUAA